AUGGAGACAGUACUUCGCUCGAAUUUCCUACCAUUAUACACUUCUUGGAGAGUUUCUUACGCUGACGAAAGAUGUUUGGAAAUAUGCAAAACUAUCUAUCUAUCUAUCUAUCUAUCUAUCUAUCUAUCUAUCUAUCUAUCCCAAUAUCUUCAUUUUUGUAUCUAUCUAUCUAUCUAUCUAUCUAUCUAUCUAUCUAUAGACACAUAUAAUAAAUGCGUAAAUGAAAGGAAAUUACCUACCUACCUACCUACCUACCGAUCUACUUACCUUCCUACCGAUCUAUCUAUCUAUCUAUCUAUCUAUCUAUCUAUACUCUGUUUAUUUAUAUCUAUCUAUCUAUCUAUCUAUCUAUCUAUCUAUCUAUCUAUCUAUCUAUCUCUGUUUAUUCAUAUCUCUCUAUCUGUUUAUUUAUAUCUUUCUCUCUCUUUUUUCAUAUGUAUCUAUCUAUCUAGCUAUGUAUGUAUGUAUGCUGUAUGUAUUAUCUCAGUCUCUUCAUUUUCCGCUGUCUCUUUCUAUCUUUCUCGAUCUAUCUAUCUAUCUAUCUAUCUAUCUAUCUAUCUAUCUAUCUAUCUAUCUAUCUUCUUGAUCUCUUUAUCUAUCUAUCUAUCUAUCUAUCUAUCUAUCUAUCUAUCUAUCCUCUCGAUCUCUGUUUAUUCAUAUCUCUCUAUGUUUAUUAUCUAUAUCUUUCUUAGUCUCUUCAUUUUUUCAUAUCUAUCUAUCCCGAUCUAUCUAUCUAUCUAUCUCUAUCUAUCUAUCUAUCUAUCUAUCUAUCUCUUCAUUUCCCGCUGUCUCUUUCUAUCUAUCUAUCUAUCUAUCUAUCUAUCUAUCUAUCUAUCUAUCUAUCUAUCUAUCUCUGUUUAUUCACUUCUCUCUAUAUGUUUAUUCAUAUCUUUCUCUCUCUCUUUUCUAUCUAUGUAUGUAUGUAUGUAUGUAUAUAUGUAUGUAUGUAUCUAUCCCAGUCUCUUCAUUUCCCGCUGUCUCUUUCUAUCUUUCCCGAUCUAUCUAUCUAUCUAUCUAUCUAUCUAUCUAUCUAUGCGCAAUGAGCAGCCAAUUAUUUUCAAGAACGGGACUAAGAGUUAUCUUUCCAAUCGUUAUCUACACAUCCAUCUAUCUACAUAUCCCUUUCUAUUUGCGAUAAAGAUUCAUUGUAAAUCUAUCCCCGUCACGAUCGUAUUUACAGAAUUACUCCCCUUAGUCUUAUUUUUGAUACAUCUAUCUAUCUAUCUAUCUAUCUAUCUAUCUAUCUAUCUAUCUAUCUAUGUACUCUUUGAGUUUUUCUUUUUUUCUUUUUCUUUUUUUUUGCUUUCGUUAUUACUUGCUUAUUUGUCGUACAUUUUAUUAUUUCCAUUUUUUUUUAUAAUUUUCUUUCUUAAUAUUACUUAUUUUCUCGUUUUCUAUUUCUUGUUUCCUAUUAUUUCCGGCCUUUUUAUUUUUGACUUACAUUUAUUUUACCUUAUCUAUCUUUUAUUCUUUCCCCCCCUUUUUCUCCUCUCCUUAAAUUCUUCUUUCGUCUUUCGUUCUCUGCAUACAAAUGUGCGAUAUGAAAAUCUAUUAUAA